CUGAGCUCCAGGAAGAAGACGCAAAAAUGUCAGAGAGGAGAGGUCAGAAGAAGUCCAUUUUUCUGUCCUCAUUAUUAGUGUGUUGCAUGUUUGCUAGUGCGGAGUAUUCCAGCUGUGGAGAGAACGAGUUCUUCAACCAGACCAGCAACAGCUGCCAGGCCUGUCCUCAGUGCCAGCCAGGACAAGAGCCGCAUAUGAUCUGUGGCUACGGUGUGAAGGAUGAUGACUUCACCUGUGUGCCGUGCCCUCAGGGGAAAUACUCUAAAGGGAAGUAUGAGAUCUGCAGACGCCAUAAAGACUGUGAUGCCCUCUACAAAGCCACGGUCCGCGUAGCGGGAACUCCGGACAGCGACGCUGAGUGUGGGCCAUGUUUACCUGGGUAUUACAUGCUGGAGAACCGACCCAGAAACCUCUAUGGGAUGGUAUGCCACUCCUGCCAGAACGCACCGCGCAACACCAAAGAAUGCAUGCAAAGUACUGGACCAGGAGAAAAACCUCAAAUUGACCCUGGCAGCACUACUGUGUUCCCUCACCCAGAUAAAGGUUCCAAUGGACAGGGUCACCUAGCAACGGCUCUCAUUAUCGCCAUGUCAACCAUCUUCAUCAUGGCCAUCGCCAUUGUUCUCAUCAUCAUGUUUUAUAUCCUGAAGGCCAAACCCAGUGGCCAGGCAUGUUGUUCCGGACAAGUUGUGAAGGCAGUGGAGGCUCAGACCAACAAACAGGAAGACAAGAAAGAUGUCCCUGACAAUGUGGUGAUCUACUCAGAAAAAGACGAGUUUGACAAACUAAAAGCUACUCCCCAGAAGACGGUCAAAAGUGAAAACGACGCGUCAUCAGAGAACGAGCAGCUGUUGAGCCGCAGCAUCGACAGUGAUGAGGAGGCAGCAUCUGAGAAACAGGGAUCAGCUGACACCAAUAACCCCAACCCUAACUUGUGCCUCGUCAACCUGGGCAAUAAGCCCGACCUCUGCCUGCUCUCUCUGGGGCUGCUAGAGAGCGACCGUGCCUGCAACGGGACCCCCACCAUCACAGCUGGCCAGGCCAACAACAUCCCAAGUCCCAACCACAUCGGCAACGUCAACCACAUUGCCAGCACUAACCACAUCAGCAGUGUGAACGCCAUCAAUAACAACAAUAAAACCCCAGGGAUGCUACAGAAUCGAAGGAAAAAGAUCCUGGAUCUAUAUGCCAGAACCUGCAAUGUGACAGAGGGCCUGAGCCCCACGGAGCUUCCCUUCGACUGCCUGGAGAAGGCCAGCCGCAUGCUGAGCUCCUCCUACAGCAGCGAGGCGGCUGUGGUGAAGACUUGGAGGCACCUGGCCGAGAGUUUCGGCCUGAAGCGCGAUGAGAUCGGCGGCAUGAGUGACGGCCUGCAGCUCUUUGAGAGGGUGAGCACGGCAGGCUACAGCAUCCCCGAUCUCCUGACCCGCCUGGUACAAAUCGAGAGACUGGACGCCGUGGAGUCACUCUGCUCGGACGUGCUAGGCAGCAAUGAGGUGGCGGCAGCGGCCGGUCGGCAAGGCAUAAGCAGUUUUCACAGCCAGCUGGUCUGUCCAUCACCAUACCCAUCUCCCUCCCAACGUUGUGCCAGUGUCUAG